AUGGUUGUUCCCCAGGAGGCUACAUGUACUGCGAUCAUUCGUGUUUUACGGUUUGACCACAAUUUGCUUGAACCAACAAUAAUCCCUCGAACGGAAGGAUUCAGUAUGGCAAAUGACUCCAAGCCCUCUCGGAGUGCAGGAUGCGGUGCUACCAAAGCAAAGUCUCGCACUAGCAGGUCGCGUGCUGGUUCGCCUUGUUCUGUUCGGUCGACAGUCUCUACGUCCAAGACGGACCGUAAUACUCUGAACCCAGUGGCGAAGCUACGCAAAGACCUGGGACAUUCUAUAACGAAAACCGCCCGGAAGAAAGAUUAUGAGGCGACACAUCGACAAUGUUUGGAUGUGAUGGACCAGAUUCAAGAAGAGUUUGAACUAGCUCUUGGGAAAAUGGACGACGAGAGAGCCCAUGGUUCCCAGUUGGUGCAG